CUUCCAUAAUAGAAUCGACCAUGUCAGCAGACACUAUGGACGACGUAUAAUGCGCUUAAUGUUUUGCUGAGAAAACCCGAUAAAAUGAUAUCAAAACAAUUUGCAUGGAUUGGAGGCCUGGCGACAGUUGUUGCUACAGGUCUUUAUGUAUUCUUUGGUCCUUCCGAAAAGAAGAAGCCUAAGAAGAAAGAUCUGUGUCCUGGCCUGGAUAACCUUGGCAACACCUGUUUCCUGAAUGCUAUAUUGCAAGCCUUUGCAUCCUGCCCAACUGUCGGCAAAUGGCUGAAAGAUUUCUUUUUGAAAGUCCCAGAUGCCAGCAACAAAUAUCUAGCUUCAACAAUAUCUAACACAAUCAGUGUACUAAACUAUGAUACUGAAGUGGAUGAAGAUUAUCACUGCCCAGCUGAUGUGAUCAAUGCACUCCGGGGUAGAGGGUGGAUUAUCUCCCCCCACGAACAGGAUGCACAUGAACUUUUCCAUGUACUGACACAGUCACUAGAUGAGGAAACUGCAAAGUUCCCCAGAAUUGUCUCCCUUUUUGAUGUGGGAUUACUGGAGAAUAAGUCCCUGAGGUACCAAUCUGAGGAGAAAGCCAUCACUCGCAGUAAGAGUUUGCUACCAGUGUUACCUAACAGAGAGAACGAUCACCCCUUCAGGGGCCUCCUGGCCAGCCAGCUCCACUGUAAUGAGUGUGGCUACAGAAAUCCAGUCCGCUACGACCUGUUUGACAGUCUGUCACUCAGCAUACCAGCUAGUGUUUGGGAAUCCAAGAGUCUUGAGGCCCUCCUGCAGCACUACAUCAGUGCUGAGACUGUAGAGAAUGUGGAGUGCCCUGGCUGUGCAAAGAUAAAGAAUGCUGCCGCGCAUAGCAAUAUACCACCACCCCGGUCAACCUUCUGUAAGAAACUCACUAUUGGAAAGCUGCCGCAGAGCAUGUGUAUCCACAUUCAGAGGACCCAGUGGCUUGACAAUGGGAUGCCCAUCAAGAGGUAUGAACACAUAUCUUUCCCUGAGAUCCUACAGAUGGACAACUAUGUCUAUAGCAAAGUCGGACAGCAGCACGAUCUCAAAACAAGGAAUGGACUUCUAGGAGGCAACAACCAACCACUCUUCAGGAAUGUAAACAAUACAACAGAUAAUGGAUCAUCUGGUCCAGUGAACCUUCUCCGAGCUUUAAACUACGAUUCUAACAUCACCAGGAACGGAAUAUUUCUACAGCCACCUGUCAACUGCCAGGUGCCGAAUAUCCAUUCAGAUCUCAAUCACAAUGGACCCAACAUGUCCAAAUAUGCUGCCUCUGAAUUUACAUACAAACUUUCUGCAGUGGUUGUUCAUCUUGGGGACAUCAUGUCUGGACAUUUUGUGACGUAUAGACGGAGUCCGAUGACAGUGAAGGGCGAUAGAAAGAUUGAUCGCUGGAUCUGCUGCUCCGACACAGCAGUGUCGCGUGCCGAGCUAGAUGAUGUGCUUUCUGCAGAGGCUUACAUGUUGUUCUAUGAAAGAAUGUGAAUGUUUAUGUUAUCAAGGUCAGUACGACCUGCUUCAAGGUAAUAGCCUUGGCUCUGAAAGCCAAGUGUUACUAUGGUAACUGUGUUACUCAGGUGUUGUGUGAAAGCUAGUCAAUCAAUAAUAUGACAAACAUCCAUGUAUAGAAACACAGUGUAUUUACCAACGAACAGUGUAUUUACCAGUGAACAGUGUAUUUACCAGUGAACAGUGUAUUUACCAGUGAACAGUGUAUUUACCAAUGAACAGUGUAUUUACCAGUGAACAGUGUUUUUACCAAUGAACAGACACACUAAUUCUAAACAGCAUUAAAUACUAAUACUGGUAUGUUAUCCUACUCCAUCUCAUACUCCUCCUUAUUAACCCUUUCACCCCUAUGUAACUUGAGUGAACUCUAACAUGUAUUAAUUUGGAAGAGUUCAUUAUGGUCUACAGUGGUGAGAGGGUUAAUUAUCGAUACUAUCAUAAAUAAUUCCACUCCUCUAAUCUUCUCUGACAUGUACUCUACUAACAUGACUGAUCCAGCCCCCACCCAUUCCUCCUCGUCGAUACUACUAACAUAACUAAUCCUGGGCCUCCUCAUACCCCUUCAUUAAUAUAUCCUAGCCCUGAUUUCUUCAUCUUUAUAAAUAAUAUUAUCUAUUUUACUAACAUAAAUAAAUCAUGCCCCCUUUUUUUUCUUCUUUUCUACUAACAUGAACAAUCAUGGUUCACAUUCUUCCUUUUUAUCUAUUCUGCUUACAUAAAUAAUCCUGGCUCACAUUCUGCCUUUUCAUCUAUUGCCCUGCAGCCUACCCUUGUCAAUUAAUUAGCCCUCUGUAUCUUCCCAUUUACUUCAUUAACACAAACAGUAACAUAAGUAUCUCUUAAUAUUAACACACUAACCUUCCUCCUCAAUGUAUUGUUUAGGUGUCUUGUUAAGUAACACUCAAACUCAUGCUUUCCUAUUGUAGUGGGACAGGGCAUUACGUGUUUGCCUUUUCCAUCAGUGCUUCUGUACAUCAGUCUGUACUUCGUCUCUGUUAGACUUUACAUUAGCUUCAUAGCUCUAAAGCAAGAAGUUCAACUGUCAUCAAACUUCAUGAUGUUAUGUGGAUACUUCUAGAGGAGUACUACACCAUUUUAUCAAAUGUCGGUCACAAUAUUUUGUAUUUCACUGACUUUGGUCAAACGUUUGGUUCAAUGUCACUUCUAUGGCUAGACGUUCGACAUUAAUCUCCAUAUCCAUACAACAAAAGUUAUAAACGUUCCUUCAUUAGACUUCAUCAUGUGCAUGUUCACUUUCAAAUGCCACUUAAAUCAAAUGUAAUUGUCUUUUUCGUUUUGGAACUUUACUAAAACCAUUAUCUUUUAUGUGAGUAUGACUUUUGCACUAUGGCCAGAUUUUACAAACUUAUAUUUUUCUCUUCAUUGAUCCUUUCUUAAAGUCUUGUCUCACACAAAGUUCUCAAGUAUACAUGUAUGUAGCUAUGAUAGUCAUUGAGGGACAAUGUGUUUGACUUAAAAAUCAAGUUGCAUUUUAGUUGCUUUGGAAUCCAAAGUGAAGAAUCUCCAUGCUUUUUUAAACAAUUUAAUUUUAAUUGUCUUUCUCCGUUUGCCCAUCCUACGUGGCUGGCAGCCUCUGUCCAGGCACCCCUUUAAGCUUGAAUCUGUCUGGAUCUGGUCAACGGUUUGGACUAGCUGGCGACCCUAUUUGACUCUCUAUAGCUACAUGUAUUUGGCCCACAUUAUUGAAGUCCCCACGAUUGUUAUAUAUAUGAUAUCUUCAAACAAAGAUCUAAUAAAAUGCCCAAACCUGCCAUUUAAAUUAUGACAUUCGUUGUUUUGGAACAUGUCCCAUGCCAGCUGAUGAUGCUUGUGUUCCAGUAGGUUAAAAUCAUGAUUUUACAGUUACAACAUGUAAAUGGUGCUUUUGUAUGCUAUUCAGUUUCAUAGUAUUAAUUCAUAUUUGAUAGAACUAACAGAUUGCAUUUAUUUUGUUUCAUUGCUUAAACUGCAGCAGUCCCGAAGUGAGAGGAUGUGUACAGCAGUACAAAGGGAGAUGAGUUAUGAUCAGAGUGAUCAGUGGUUAGAAAUUAUUACAGGAUACACUGUAGUUGACAAUUUUUAUGGAAUUUUUAUGAAAUUCUUUUUAUUUGGUUAUUGUGCAUUACAUUACCAUUCCUGAAAUGUAAGUGAUCAUGAUUGAACUGUGUUGGUUUGGUGGUUGUUUUGAGAGAAUUCUAUAUAUUACCCUAAUAGCUGGGAACGUCUCAGCACUAGCACCUGUACUUGGUAGGCUGAGAAUGUGACCACCUCUUUUAUAAUUAACCCUUUCACCCCUAUGUAACUUUAGUAAACUCGACCAUGCAUUGAUCUGGACGAGUCCAUUAUGGUUCACAGUGGUGAAAGGGUUAAAGGUUUUCUUACUUUCACAACACUAACACUUUUUCUCCAUCUUUACUACAUGUAAUUUUUGUUUUCGUCUUGUUUUUCCCAAACUCUUGUCUGUUUAAACCUGUGAAAUGUAAAGUAUUGCUAUCGGAAUGCUUUGUGUUUUACAUACAGAAGUAUUACAAUAACACAAUAAGGUGCAUUUUUAUUUUUUGUGUAUAUAAGCAUUUUAAACCAUGGUAUAAAAGUAUGUGAAUGAUGGUGAUGUAUGAUAUUGUUAGUUUUAUGUAUAUUUAAGUAUACAUAGGUGACUGAGAGACGUAGAAAUGAACGAGAGACGUGAGUGUAUAUACUGCAGUAUAUAUAGAAAUGAACGAGAGACGUGAGGGUAUAUACUGCAGUAUAUAUCGAAAUGAACGAGAGACGUGAGUGUAUAUACUGCAGUAUACAUAGAAAUGAACGAGAGACGUGAGUGUAUAUACUGCAGUAUAUAUAGAAAUGAACGAGAGACGCUGGUAAUGGUUGAAGUAUUUAAUACUGAGGCAUGACUGUAAAUUAUUUUGCAUGUAAACAUUAUUUCCAUAAAAUUGAUUUUUAUUCCCAAUAUUAAAAAUCUUAU